CUGGCAUUUUAUGCUGGUCGUCCACGGAUAACGGUGACUUCACAUCCAGUGUGAGUUCAAGAUGACUUAGUCACAUUCAUUCAUUGAGUAUGUUAUUUAACCUUUUUCAAGCUAAGGACCUCUCAAAGGAUAGAAAAAAGGAACGGGGACCUCCUGAGUAUCACAUUUUAAGCCUGACCUAAAAUACCACACAUAUGGUACAAAAAUACGGUCCCGCACGCUCCAGCGCCCGGCUCGUUCACUUUUCACCCCGCCUCAGUUCUGUGGGGUGGGGUAAGGGGGGAGCCGCUUGCACCCUGGCCGAAUGCCGCCUCACUGCCUCCGCUAUAUAAACACACAUUGGAAGCUCGCUGUGCGACUCGAACUCACAUUGAGAAACUGUAUGUGAAGAGAGAGAGCUAGAGCGCAAGAGAGAGGUAGAGAGUGAAACUGCAUCAGAAAACGGGCUAGCGAGACGCACUACAGUCAUCUGAAGAUUUUUACUGCUCAUAGGCAUCAAACUUCGGAGGAUAAUUUCUUUCAUUUAUUUCUGCGUCUUCCUUAUGACCAUUUAUUGAUCUCAGUACAUUUAAAAAAUUUAUAUCGAGCUUUCCUGUAAGAUUUUUUUUUUAAAUAACUUAAAACAUUUUUUUUUUCAAAAAGUAACUUAAAGCUAUUUUUUAAACAAGAGUUUGGAAUUUAGAACAUAAUUUCUAAAUCAACUUUCAAGUUUUACAAGUUCACGCCAAAUUUACAUUUUAAAAGUUAAAUAUUGAAUCUAGAAUUCACGGGAAUAUUGGAAAGCGAUUUGCAUAUUUUAAAAUGAUAUACAAACAUUUAAAUUCGCUUUGUAAUAUCCAGUAUUCUGUUAAUUAAACACUUCAAUUUAUUCAUUUACUUUUCGUUACAAAUCGUUGUUGCGUUGCCUUUUGGUGAGAGAUAUUCUUCUCAGUUAUUUUUGCUUUUCAGUAUAGGCUAAUUGUAGCAGCAAAUCAUAUAUAACUCAUAUAUAAGUCACCUCAUAUACUCCCGAGAAGGCUUAACCACUGUAGUGCUCAUCACUCUAAAGAAAUAUUUGAGACAAGUCCCGGACCUUCACAGCCAUGCUCUUCGAGAGUUUUGACCUUGUCUCGGCGCUGGCGACGCUGGCUGCGUGUUUAGUGUCUAUGGCACUUCUUCUGGCCGUGUCCCAGCAACUCUGGCAGCUGAGAUGGACCGCAACACGGGACAAGAGCUGCAAGCUGCCUAUGCCCAAGGGCUCCAUGGGGUUCCCCAUCAUUGGAGAAACAUGCCACUGGUUCUUUCAGGGCGCAGGUUUCCAUGCGUCAAGGAGGCAGAAGUAUGGGAACGUAUUCAAGACUCACCUGCUGGGACGGCCGCUCAUCCGGGUCACAGGGGCAGAGAAUGUACGUAAGGUCCUGAUGGGAGAGCACAGCCUGGUCACUGUGGAUUGGCCCCAAAGCACCAGCACUCUACUGGGUCCCAACAGUCUGGCCAACUCUAUAGGAGACAUCCACCGCAAAAGGAGAAAGAUCUUUGCUAAAGUCUUCAGUCAUGAGGCUCUGGAGAGCUACCUGCCCAAGAUCCAGCAGGUCAUUCAGGAGUCCCUGCGGGUGUGGAGCUCCAAUCCUGACCCUAUCAACGUUUAUCGAGAGUCCCAGCGGCUCUCCUUCCAUAUGGCAGUGCGUGUGCUCCUGGGUUUCCGCGUCUCUGAAGAGGAGAUGCACUGUCUUUUCCACACUUUCCAGGAUUUUGUGGAGAAUGUUUUUAGCCUUCCCAUCGACCUGCCAUUUAGUGGCUAUAGGAAGGGUAUUCGUGCAAGAGACACACUCCAGAAAUGCAUAGAAAAAGCCAUCAGAGAGAAACCACUCCACACCCAGGGGAAAGAUUACACUGAUGCUCUCGAUGUGCUUUUAGAGAGCGCCAAGGAGAACAACACAGAGCUUACGAUGCAGGAGCUCAAGGAGUCCACUAUUGAGCUGAUCUUCGCUGCUUUUGCCACAACAGCCAGUGCCAGCACGUCUCUGAUCAUGCAGCUGCUGCGGCACCCUGCGGUGCUGGAGAAGCUGCGUGAGGAGCUGCGGAGUUGUGGCCUGCUGCAUGACGGCUGUCUGUGCCAGGGAGAACUGCGACUGGACAGCAUCAUUAGCCUCAAGUACCUGGACUGUGUGAUCAAAGAGGUCCUGCGUCUGUUUGCCCCCGUGUCCGGAGGUUACCGCAUUGCCACGCAGACCUUUGAGCUGGAUGGUGUACAGGUACCCAAAGGUUGGAGUGUUAUGUACAGCAUCCGUGACACCCACGACACCUCAGCUGUGUUCAAGGACGUGGAGGCCUUCGAUCCGGACAGGUUCAGCCCAGAGCGAAACGAGGAUCGUGAGGGCCGCUUCCACUACCUGCCCUUCGGCGGUGGCGUUCGCUCCUGCCUCGGCAAGCAGCUGGCCACUCUCUUCCUCAAACUCCUAGCCGUGGAGCUCGCGGGAGGGAGUCGCUUCGAACUGGCCACGCGGACAUUCCCGCGCUUGAUUUCGGUCCCCGUGGUGCACCCCACCGAUGGCCUCCUUGUAAAAUUCUUCGGCCUUGACUCCAACCAGAACCAGAUCAUGGCCAAGUCCAACGAGAUGUUGGAUGCCACCGUGUGACAGACUUCAUACCUUGAGCAGUCACCUGAAGUUGAAAAGACUCUCAUUUGCCAAAAAUGUAUAGUCUAUCAUUUGUAAAGAAGUAUAUCAUAAAUAUAUAAAUUUAACUAAACGUAUUGCUACAUCAGGAGAGCACAAGAGGAAGGUUUCAGAAAAGAAGAGGUGAAAGACACAGUCAUAUAAGCCGAUGUAGAUGUCACAGGGUCUUGAGAUGAGAACUUUUGUGUGACGUGGAUGCUGAAUUCAUGUAUAUGUAUAUACAGUAUGUGUGUCCUUUGUGUGUGUGUUUAAAUACGUGUUUUUUCUUGUGUGCCUGUUUGCGUGCGUGGACAGGUUGUUUUCAGCUAAGGUAUUAGGAGUUAGAGUAGGCAGUGUAAACUAGAAUGAAUGGGAGGAUUGUGUAAUUUACUCAGGUGUGUUAGCAGUACAGAAGGAGCUUUCAGACUAACCCAGUACUUGUUAUACAUGCUCUGUACAUAAGUGACAAUUCAUAAUAUUCUUUUUAAGAGAGCAUGAAAAAGAGGCGAGAAAUGAAGAGAGAUAUAUCUAGACAGAGACUAUAAGAGAAAAGUAACCUUUGCAGGCUCUCAAAACAAGCUAUAGAGGGAAUGAGGGACUCAUUCCUGCUGCAGAUGUUAUAUUUGAUGUCACAAGACAUGUAUGAAAAAAAAUCAAGUCAACUGUCGUAUAUGCUGCUUUGGGAGACGCUUUUUAUUUAUAUGAUGGAGCAGAGUGCCAACUGACCUCUGCAAAGAGGAACGCUUCUCUUUUUUUCCUGCUGCUCCACAUCAAUAUACGAAGAAAUUAUACUGAACAUACAGUAGAUGAUGGUGGAACUGAUUGGACAAUCAUCAGUCAGUAACUCUAUAUACCACCAAUCAGGAGAGUUUUCUCAAGACGCCUCUGAAGGGACUUUAAAGGCGGUUGGGCGAGAGGCACUAGGACUCUAGGCAACCUGACGAGGGUUCUUCCUUCACUUUCUCUACAGGACUUUUCUUUGAUAAAAUAUGCCACUGAUCUUUUUUAUGAAUUAAUGUCUGCUGCUUUCAAUGUACCAUUUUCUAACAGAGAGUAGAUUGCUAUACCUUCAGCUUCAGUACAGUUUUGCUAUUUCUAAGCAAAUGCUGUGAGAGCAAGAGGGAUUUCACCUAUUAGUAAGCCAUGGGUAAAGCAUAUUUGCAUCGUCUAAUAUCCUAAUAUUCUUGCUAUUAAUAUUAUUAUUAUUGUUGUAAUAAAUCUUAUUUUAAGUGCUAUUUUUGUUAUAUUUCAGAAUAGAGUUCUAGUAUAAGUCUGUUGGUAAAUACUGUUCUAUUUAGAAUGAUAUGGAUUUCAGUUAUACUGUAUUGUACACAGUGUUUAAAUGUUAAUAUGGUUUUAUGGUAUUUUAAUAUUAUAAUUUUUGGUUAUCAUUAUUAUCAUUGCAUUUAGUUAAUAUUAAUAAACAGAAGCACUUGCGAGGUAUGUUUAUUUUGAGUGCCAUUUGACUACAUGUUCUAUUAUUUUGUUGAUUGUUGAGUUUGUCUGUACAUAUAUUUUAUUCCUUUUUACAAAUCCACAUUUCACUUAGUACAAAUAUGAAUGUUUUCCCCUCCUUUUUGUUACAGUGAUUCUUAAAUGUACUUGGUAAUUUUAUAAACCCUUGUAAUAAACUAUAAUGUGAAAAUCAA